UGGCAGCAGAAUCAGCAAACAGUUGAGGCGGAGUUAGCAGAGCUGUCAUUAGGUGCCACAUAAACAGGAAAACUUCAGAAUCACAAGAAGUUAUUGUAUUUUCCAUACCCUACACGGGGUAGUCCUACCGCCAUGGCAAAAGACCCACUGGCUGAAGCAGGCCUUCAUUUCGACGAACUUAACAAAUUGAGAGUUUUGGAACCCGAAGUCAGGCAGAAAACUGUUGAGCUUAAGGAGGAAUGCAAGGACUUUGUUGACAAAGUUGGCCAGUUUCAGAAGAUAGUGGGUGGCCUCAUUGACUUAGUAGAUGAGCUGGCCAAAGAAGCUGAAACAGAAAAAAUGAAGGCUAUUGGCGCUAGAAAUCUGCUGAAAUCGGUGGCAAAGCAGAGAGAGGCUCAGCAACAGCAGCUUCAAGCCCUGAUUGCAGAAAAGAAAAUGCAGCUGGAAAGGUAUCGAAUUGAGUAUGAAGCCCUUUCCAAAGUUGAGGUAGAGCAGAAUGAAUUCAUAGACCAGUUUAUUCUUCAGAAAUGAACUUGAUAAACUGGUAGAUUCUGUCUCUGGAAAUAAACAUGAUGCUUUGUGCCUCGGUCA